AUGCCUCCUCGCGGACGAGGUGGUAGACGACCGUCCAGAUCGUCAAUAGGUAAAGCUUCAGAACUCAUGGGUCCUCCUCCAGCCCCAAAUUCGCUCCAACAUGGAUCUGCCGUUGCUGGAGAUACAAAACUGGACAUGACGGACGACGCUGCUUCUCAUUCACCCAAAAUUCUGCAACCUGAAAUCAAGGCUUUGCGAGAAUGUCUCAUAGAUUCAGCGGCGACGAUCGCCCAAAUCAUCAACUAUCACACAGACAUAUACAAAAUUGGAAUCCAGCGACAGGCACCCAGACCGCCAAGUGGAUUGAUAGAGUCCUGGAAGAGAAACGCAGAAACAUAUGAAGACAUUCUAGAUGAUAUGGAGACCCAAGUGCAACGAGCAUUGGACGCUGUCGAGUACCAGAUAGAGCAAGAAAACGAAAAGCUCAAACACAAGCAACAAGCAGAGGCACUUCAACGGAGUCAGGCAGCUGCAGCUGGGUCGCGAAAGCCUUCGUCCAUGUUUAUCGACAUUCCUCGCUUUGACGAGAAAUCCAUCGACCCCCUUAGCGUUCAUCCCGAAUUCAGACUGAAGAACGUGGACGGAAAUGAGGAAGACCUGGUCAUGCAAGAUGGAACGACAGAGGAGCCCGCUUCCAUGGAGGGCGUCCAAGAGGAUAAUGCUGGGAAGCUUGCAGUUCCAUCUGGAGCAGCCGUACCCAAGGAUUCUGGACUAGCACGGGCAUCUCGAAGCAGCAUCUCGUUGACCUCACUGAACAGACAUGGUCUCAAGCUGGACUUGUCCACUCUGACAUUGGAUGGUCUAGCAGAGAACAAGUCUGGGCUUGCUCCGUCCCGGAUGUCGACAUUGGGCCCCUCUGGAAUGUCUGGCGUAGAACCCAUGGGGUCGCCGGUCACGCUGGCUCCAAAAAGUGCAAAACCGAGGCCAGGGUUUGACGGAGACUUUAACCCGUUGGCGUUGAGUGACAUACAACUCAACUCUCUCUUGACGGGUACAGGCAUGGAUGAUCUAUUUGGAGAUAACGAAACGUCCGAUGCCAAUAUCGGCGUGGAUGCACUCUUCUCCAACCCAUUGAUCCAACCGAUCAAGAGUGAGGAUAUCUCAAACAUAUCUCUCAUAGGGGAUGGACAAGCCACUACAUCAGGGGGCCAGGAAAAGCUGUUCGAAGAUCUCGCUUUCGAGUCUUCUGGGGCAAACAACGGGUCGACCGCACUUACCAAUACCGAGGUCCCGCUGGGAGGGGAUAUGUCCGCUUUCAGCUUUGACAUGGGGAGCGAACUACCCAGAGCGCAAGGAUCCGAAGGCAUCACCACGGCGAUUGGAGGAUCGGAGGCGCAGCAGUUGCAACAGAGGCAGCAGUUUGGCAUUGACCUGAACCUUCCAAGCGCCUUGGAUUCUUCAGCGGCGCAGUUUGAUCCAAAGCUUCUGGAAUUACUUGGAUCGAAUACCGCCAGUACUCAAAAUGCAGGAGAUGCAAACGCAGCAGGACUGCCAGACUUCACCCUAGAUCUCUUUGGCCCCAACGAAGGCACAAGCACCGAUGUGGACACCUGGAACACUCUGUUUCCGCCUUCGCAAUAG